GCUGGCGUGUGAAGCUUUUCUUGUCAAGGAUUUUUCAGAAGAGAAGAGUAUCAGUGCUGGAUGUGAUGAUGGCACACGCUUGGCUCUGUGUCCUCCGGCUAUUCUUGCUGAAUGUCCUCCUCUACUGUGGACACGCUCAAGAUUCGCUGCUGACCAUUAAAUCAAACUGGUCCACUUUAUUCACCGGAGAGUCCGUGACGCUCGUAUGUGACAUGAGGUACGGAGAAGACACUGACUGGUAUUACACAGUCAUGAAGGAUCAUCACCACUUUUGCCCCAGCAGCUCAAAAAAGAGCUGUACAAUACAGCCGCUAGCUACAGGCGACAGCGGUGAAUACAAGUGCGUCGGUCAUCACAAGCGCAUCAGGGAUUUUUCAAAAGAAAGUAAUACAGUCUCUCUAACUGUAUCAGACAACGAUGUGAUCCUGGAACAUCCCGCAUCCCCUUUGUAUGAAGGAGAAUCAGUGACCGUUCGCUGUCGGCAUCGGACUCAGGGGAAAGAGGAGAAUGCUGCUUUCUACAAAGACGGAUUACUGCUUGAAAUGGACACAAACCGGCGGUCAGAAGCUGAAAUCACCAUUGAGCUGCUGUCAGACGGGAGCUCUUACAUGUGCAAAUUUGAUGAAGACGAGGAGUCUGAGCCGGUCAAACUGAAAGUGGAAUCACGUAGGCCAACGGCUCAACUGAGAAAAGAGCAAUCAUACAUUCCAUUGGGGGGCAACGUGACCCUGGCCUGCUCUGUGAGCCCCCCGUCAUCUGGCUGGAAGUACUUCUGGUACAGAGGCGAGAAAACCUCCGAACCCCUGAUCGCACAAGACGUCGCUUUCCACUCGGAUGGAAGAAUCCACGUCUCGCAGGGAGGACUGUACUGGUGCAGAGGAGGAAGAGGAAACCCAGUUUACUACACGGAGUACAGCGAUGCAGUCGUCACCAACAGGGCUGUUGUGACCCUGCAACCCCACUGGCCUCAGAUAUACUACGGUGAGACCAUCACUCUUACAUGUGAAAUUGGGGCUGAAGGAGACACUGAGUGGGAGUAUGAAUGGGCGACACCCAGCUCAAACACAAUUCAAAAGCACAAUAAUGAUAAGAUCAGAUCGUCACACGGGGGAGACCACAGGUGCAUGGGCACAAUGAAAAGUGGCAAGUCUUCAACGGACUGGAGUGACGCUUUCACACUGACACUAUCUUACGAUAAACCCAAGCCUGUCCUCACCGUGUCUCCAUCAUGGCUGAGUCCCGGAGGUGCAGUUACUCUGAACUGUGAGGUUGAACAUCCGUCUGCAGGGUGGAGGUUCUACUGGUACAAGACUGUUCCCAAGCUGUCAGACGAUUCCUACAGCUAUGAGCCUCUGCCUGGCAGCGGCAAUGGGACUGAACAGAAUUCCUACGUUGUUCAUGGACAGACGGGCACAGCAGGAUACAAGUGCAGAGCAGGAAGAGGAGACCCGGUGUACUACACUUAUUACAGUGGCUUUAAGUUUGUCUGGUCUGGAGAUGUUCUGGAUUCUGGACCAUCUCUCACAGUGAGUCCUAACAGUGUGCAGCACUUCACCAAAGAGCCUGUGACGCUGAGCUGCGAGGGAAACUCUUCGAUGUGGAGAGUGAACUGUUUUUCCAAAUCCGGCUACCUGCAGGCCUGUUCCUCCUGGGGGAUAAUGACUGGCUCCACAUGCACCACCAGGUCACAGCACAUUGAUGGAGUGUACUGGUGUGAGUCUCAAACAGGGCAGUUCAGCAAUGCGGUCAACAUCACUUGGCAGUUCAGUAACAUGAUCAUGGUGAGCCCCGUCCGACCUGUGGCUGAGGGAGAUCCUGUCACUCUGAGCUGCAAGAAGAAGCCAGGAAAGGUUCUUUCUCAUGUGUUUUUCUACAAAAAUGGCAAACUCAUCCAUAAUCAUAGCAGAACGGAGCUGACUAUCCCUGCGGUGUCGAAGUCAGACGAAGGCUUAUACAAAUGUCAAGGAAAAGCUUCACUGCAAGAUUCGUGGGGCUGGGCUUCACCAGACAGCUGGAUGUCAGUAAAACCGGUGUCCAGGCCUCAGAGCUCUCCAUUUCCUGUGCUGCUGAUUGUCGGGAUUGUUUGUGGAGUUUUGCUGGUUAUCCUCCUACUGCUGUUUCUGUAUUGCUACACAAAGUCAACAAAAUCAUGUUUCAUCAGGUCUCAGAGCACCAAUCAGGGCUCUGCUGCAGACCACAUGACAAACCAGGAUGAAACUCAGUGCAAAGAAUACACUUCCGUCCAUGAUGCUUGUUUCUAUGAAACAGUGAACACCCCCAAAGAAGCUGGAAUUGGGAUGAAUAAUGAACCAGAGGAGAGCACCGUUUACUCAGAUGUGAAGAUAGGAUCUGCUGCAGUCUUGCUCACAUCCUCUGAGGUGGAGACGCUUGUCGGAGGCAGAGCGACUGCUGGAUGUGAAGAUGGGACUCGCUUCGCUCUGCGUGCUGAUGCUAUGCUCUGCAGCGUUGGAGGUCCGUCUGCAGGAUGGCGGUUCUACUGGUACGAGGCUGCCGCCAAACGAUCGAACGGCUCCAGGAGUUACGAGCUGCUGCCUGGCAGCGGCAAAGGGACCGAGGAGGGUUCCUUCAUCGUCCGUGGACAGACGCACACAGCAGGCUAUAAGUGCAGGGCUAGGAGAGAAGGCCUGGGGUAUUACACUGAUUAUAGUCAACCAAAGUUUGUCUGGUUCGGAGAUUCCCACUCAGCGUCGGUCAGAGUGACUCCUGACAGAGCGCAGCACUUCUCCUCCAAGCCCGUCUCGCUGAGCUGUGAGGGGAACUCAACCGAGUGGACGGUGAGGAGGUAUUCGGAGGCGGGCCACCUGUCGAACUGCUCCACCUGGGGGGCGAUGAGUGGGUCCACGUGCAGCCUCCACAUGCAUAAGAACAAAACAACGGUGUACUGGUGUGAGACUGCGUCAGGGGAAUUCAGCAAUGCAGUCAACAUCACUGUGCAAUAUAAAGAUAUUAUCCUGGAGUCCCCCGUCCAUCCUGUGACUGAGGGAAACUCCGUCACGCUUGUCUGCAAACUGAGGAACGGAACAUUCAUCUCCAAUGUGUUUUUCUACCGGAACGGAGAUCUCAUCCAAAGCGACAGAGGAGGGGAGCUGCAGAUCUCCGCGGUGUCGAAGUCAGACGAAGGCUUUUACAAGUGUGAACACUCAGGAAGCGAGUCGCUGCAGAGCUGGGUGGCAGUGAAAAAUUUGGGUGUGAGUAUGUCAAAACGUGUGGUCAGACCCGUUGCAGUGGUGAGAGGAGGAAGCAGAGAUGGGCUAAGCUCAGUGUCGGUCUUGCUGUUCCUCAGAGUGUCGGCGUUGGAUGUGAGGAUGAGGCAAACUUCGCUCUGUGCGCUGUCAUUAUUCUUCUUUAUUAUAGUGUUGAGUACGCUCCUCUGCUGUGGACACACUCAAGAUGCUGAGCUGACCUUUGAACCCAGCUCGCCCAGUUUAUUCAGCGGGGAGUCUGUUACCUUCACAUGCCACAUAAGAGAAGGGAUUGCUACCGACUGGCAGUACAGACUCAACAGGAACGGUCGACAAAUCGCCUCUUUCAGCACAAGCAACGUGUACUCACUCAACCUGAAGGCGCAGUCGGGUGGCGUUUAUCAGUGCGUCGGUCGUCAGGGCUCGACAAAUUUGGAAAAACAGAGUAAUAAUGUCACUCUGUCUGUAUCAGAGCACAGACCGAAGGCCACUCUGACAGCAGACGGGAGAUCUAUACCAGUAGGGGGCGCUGUGACGCUGCAGUGUUCUGUGGGCGGCUCUGCUGGCUGGACAUAUGAAUGGCUCAGACGUACCUCGGACUCCGACAAAGCUUUGGCUGGAACAGAAAGCCUAAUCAGCAUCUCAGAGGAAGGCCUCUACCAGUGCCGAGGAAGAAGAGGAAACCCGGCGUUCCUCACGAAGCACAGCGACGUGCUGCGCCUCGAGAUGACUUUGCCCAACUGGGUCUCUGUGGCCCUGCAACAGAGGCAGACUUCCAUAUUCAGUGGUGAGGCGAUCGCCGUCAUGUGUGUGGUAGAGGGAGGAGGAGACGCUGCUUGGGAGUACGAAUGGAGAACGGACAGCUCCAACACACCGCCAGCACACAGCGAAUACAGGAUUCGCAGUGCUUCUGUUUCCCACAGUGGAAGCUACUGGUGUAAAGGUAGAAGGGGCUUGUAUUCCUCGACGGGCUGGAGCGCCGCCUUCCAGCUGACAGUCUCACCACGUAAACCCACAGUUGUGGUCUACAGGAGGACCGACCCAGGUGGCGGCGGCGAAACACUGACCUGCUCUGUGGAGGACUCUGCUGAGUGGAAAUACACCUGGUUCAGACGUGCCUCUGUCUUUUCUGAAAGUGAGAUCCUUACAGAUGGUGGACCAGAUGCAGUGAUCAGUAUCUCAAGAGGAGGCAUCUACCACUGCAGAGCAGAGAGAGGAAGCCCGGUUUUCUUCACAGAGGACAGCCAUGCAGUCACCGUUGAGAAGAGAGUUCCCAACAAGGCUGUUGUGUCCCUGCAACCCAACUGGUCCCUGAUAUUCACUGGAGAGGCGAUCGCUGUUCGAUGUGAGAUAGACGGAGGCGGAGACGCUGAGUGGGAGUAUGAAUGGAGCAAACCCGGCUCAAACGCCUUCCCAGCCCUCAGUGAAUACAGGAUUGGCAGUGCUGCUGUGUCCCACAGUGGAAACUACAGGUGUAUGGGGAAACACAAACAGGACUUGUACUCCUCAACAGCGUGGAGCGAGGCCACCACAUUGACUGUUUCAUCGCACAGACCAAAAGCUAAUCUGACUGCUGAAGACAGAGCCUUUCCAGUAGGGGGCAGCGUGACUCUGACCUGCUCCGUGAACCCGUCAUCGUCUGGCUGGGAAUACUUCUGGUACAGAGGAAAGAAAACCUCCGAACCCCUGACUGCACAAGAUGCUGUUGUCCUCUCAACUUGGCAAGUCAGUGUUUCACGGGGAGGACUGUACUGGUGCAGAGGAGGAAGAGGAAACCCAGUUUACUACACAGAGUACAGCGAUCCAGUCAGUGUUAACAUGAUCAUCACAAACCAGGCCGUUGUGACCCUGCAGCCUAACUGGCCAGAGAUAUACAGCGGAGAGACCAUCAGCCUAAUAUGUGAGAUCCAGGGAGGACACGCUGAGUGGGAGUAUGAAUGGGCAACAACCGGCUUGGAUAAAUCUACAAACCAAAGAGAGUACAGAAUAAGUUAUGCUUCUCUAUCAGACAGUGUGCAAUACUGGUGUAAAGGCAGGCUGGAAAGGCCACAACACAGUUCAACAGCGUGGAGCGCCUCCUUCACGCUGAAAGUAGAUAAUCACAAACCCAAGCCUGUCCUCACUGUGUCUCCACGAUGGCUGAGCUCUGGAGACUCAGUUACUCUGAACUGUGGGGUUGCACAUCCGUCUGCAGGGUGGAGGUUCUACUGGUAUAAGGCUGUUCCCAACCUGUCAGACAACUUCUUCGUGUACAACGACUUGCUUGAUUGGCCACCCGACAGCAGUGAGAACUCCUACAGCUAUGAGCUGCUGCCUAGCAGCAGCAGGGGGACGGAGCAGGAUUCCCACAUUGUCCAUGGACAGACGGGCACGGCAGGAUAUGCAUGCAGAGCUGGAAGAGGAGACCCGGUCUACUACACUGAUUACAGUAAAGCCACACUUGUCUGGUCUGGAGAUCUUCACUCACAGGCGUCUCUCACGGUGAGUCCCGACAGAGUGCAACACUUCACCUCUCACGAUGUCUCACUGCACUGCGAGGGAAACUCCACGCAGUGGAGAGUGAUGAGGCUUAAUGAGGGCAGCUAUCGGUCAGUCUGCUCUCACACAGCGACGUUGACCGGAUUCACAUGCAACAUAUCCAGUGGCCCCAGUGGUGAAGUGUACUGGUGUGAGACUGGAUCAGGAAAGUUCAGCAAUGCCGUCAACAUCACUGCAGCUGAUGAUAUAAUCCUGGUGAGCCCCGUCCAUCCUGUGGCUGAGGGGCAGCUUGUUACUCUUGGUUGCAAGUCGAGGACAGAACAAUUACUUUCCAAUGUCAUUUUCUACAAAAAUGAAAAAGUCAUCCAAAGCGAUGACAGGGCGGAGCUGAGUAUCUCUGCUGCCUCGAAGUCAGACGAAGGCUUCUACAAGUGUCAGUACUCAGGAAACGUGUCAUCAGAGAGCUGGAUGGCGGUAAAAUCGUCCAGCUCUCCGUCUCCGGUGGCGUUGAUCGUUGGGCUGGUUAUUGGCAUGUUGCUGAUUGUUCUCCUGCCACUGCUACUGCUGAGUUGGUACAAAAGGUCAAAGGAUACAUUUUGUCACAGGCUUGUCCCGUCUCAGAGAACCAAUCAGAACUCUGCUACAAUCCAAACUGUCGACAAAGAUGAAAAUGAACACCAAGUGUACUCUCUUCUCCAGGGUAAUAUUUGUGUCUACGAAACAAUCGGUGGCAGCGGGAACACUGGAACGGGAAUAUAUGAUGAUCCAGCAGAGAGCUGUGACUACGGUAACUUGAAUCUUGAUUCAACUGCAGGUUUAUAAAGAGAAGUGCAUCGUCAGCAAAGAAGAGAAGCGUGGACAAUAACAUAACAGACCACUUAACUGUUUCUUACAAAUGCUGCCCUCCAAACAUCAGAUGCACAGUACUUUACACAGUUCAAUAGAGGAUCAUGUGAUGAAAUUACAGUUCUGUUAUGCUUGAUACAAUUCCCUGUUGGUUUCUUCUGAAUUUGCUUUUGCUUUUGCUUGCUGAGGAAAAAACAGCGAAGUAGCUCUCAUGGACUCAGGCAUCACGUCGGUUUAAUUUGGACAGAUGGUCACAUGUCAGCACAGAAUGAUCUUAUAUGUAUUUUUAUUUGGAAAGGAUUGCACUGCUCCAGCCCCUCACCACUGUCACCACUGUUUCUUUAACUUUAAAGUGAUUAAGAUGAAAUGUGACAAUCAAAUCAGGUUUUCUGCUGUUGAAAAUAUGUGAAUAAUAGCUAUUUAAGUUAUUUUAAGUCUAUUGUCUAAAACAAUAGAUGAACGAACAGACAUGCAGAAUCUGCAAAAUGGUAUGGAAAUAUGCUUUGAAUGGGCUUGACGCCAAAACACAUUAUGUAGUAGCAACAAAGAAGAAUUUCUGUUUUAUUGAAAACAUUUGUUUUAUGAAAAAACAAGUAACAGGGAUGUACAACUGUGUGUCAUCUGCAUAACAAUGAAAGCUAUGUUGAAGUGAUGUGUCAUAUAUUGAUAUAUUGAUUCAGUAACAGUAAGAGUAGCUAAGUCAAUACAACGUAUAUGUAACAAACAUAAAAAUACCCAAAAAGUCCAGAAACUCUUAAUACUGUAUGUGUGGGAUUUGACAAUUGCUGACUCCUGUGUUGUGUCUCUAUUAAAAAAAUAGGCAGCACAGAACCUAAUAAAACUUUUAUUAUAUAUUCAUAUUUAGUCCAAAGUCUGUUGGCUGUUCCUUCAGUUGACUCUGUCUUCACAUGUGAGUAAACAGCACUCUCCUCUGGUUCUUCAGAUGAAUGCAUGAACUUCCUGUGCUUUAUUCAGGCACUGCUGUAUAAAUGAAAAUCAAGCCGCGAUUCAUUUAAUCACUUCUCAUUCUGUUUCAGUGCUGUACACAUUUUGAUACGCAAGUAAACACUAUCUGAUAUAUGA